AUGUUGGCCUCCAAGAUCCAGCGCCGGGCUUUCUCCGCCUCUGCGCGCAACCUCUCCAAGGUCGCCGUCCUCGGCGCCGCUGGCGGCAUUGGCCAGCCCCUCUCCCUCCUCCUCAAGAUGAACACCCGCGUCACCGACCUGGCUCUGUACGACAUCCGUCUCGGCCCUGGUGUGGCCGCCGAUGUCUCCCACGUCAACACCAAGUCGACCGUCAAGGGCUACGACCCUACCCCCAGCGGCCUCGCCGCCUGCCUCAAGGGCUCCGACAUCGUCCUCAUCCCCGCCGGUGUCCCCCGCAAGCCUGGCAUGACCCGUGACGACCUCUUCAACACCAACGCCUCCAUCGUCCGCGACCUCGCCAAGGCCGUUGCCGAGUCGGCCCCCAAGGCCAAGGUCCUGGUCAUCGCCAACCCCGUCAACUCCACGGUCCCCAUCUGCGCCGAGGUCUUCAAGGCCAAGGGCGUCUACAACCCCAAGACCCUCUUCGGUGUCACCACCCUCGACGUUGUCCGCGCCAGCCGCUUCGUCUCCGAGAUCAAGAACACCGACCCCAAGGACGAGAACAUCACCGUCGUUGGCGGCCACUCCGGCGUCACCAUCGUCCCCCUCUUCAGCCAGAGCAGCCACCCCGACCUGAGCUCCAACGCCGAGCUCGUCAAGCGUGUCCAGUUUGGCGGUGACGAGGUCGUCAAGGCCAAGGACGGUGCCGGCUCCGCCACCCUCUCCAUGGCCAUGGCCGGUGCCCGCAUGGCCGACUCCCUGCUCCGCGCCGCCGACGGCGAGAAGGGCGUCGUCGAGCCCACCUUUGUCGACUCGCCCCUGUACAAGGACCAGGGCAUCGACUUCUUCAGCAGCCAGGUCGAGCUCGGCCCCAACGGCGUCGAGAAGAUCCUGCCCAUCGGCAAGGUCGACGCCAACGAGGAGAAGCUCAUCGAGGCCUGCCUCGGCGACCUCAAGAAGAACAUCGAGAAGGGCGUUUCCUUCGUUGCCCAGAACCCCGGCAACUAA